GUGGCUUUCUCGGUGAAACGUCAUCAAGUGUCUCUCUUCUUCAGUGCUCUGAAUCAGCUGGUCUUUAGUUACAGAGACAGUCAACUAGAUUCAAUCUUCUACCCCCAAACUUCUGAAACCUACAACAUUAAACAAAAUGCCUGGACCUGCAACAAGUGCAACAAAUGUUGGUGCGUCCAGCCGUUCCCCAAGUAAGACAGUGGCCCCUCGCACUGCUGGCACCUCAGCCAGACAGAGGAAAGCCCCCAGCAGUGGUGCACGCAGUGGAGCCAGAUCCACAGCAUCAGCUGGCACAGGAGGGAUGUGGCGCUUUUACACUGAAGACUCCCCAGGUCUUAAAGUUGGCCCAGUACCAGUUUUGGUGAUGAGUCUGCUCUUUAUCGCAUCUGUAUUCAUGCUGCACAUUUGGGGAAAGUACACCCGUUCUUAAGCCUGAACGACCUCUAAAAUCCGACCCUACAACCUGUCACUGAAUCUUAAGCCAUUGGACUUGGACCAAACUCUGACCAUCAACACCCCAGUCCCCUUACUUUUAUUAUAACCUCCAUUUCAAGGUGUUUUCAACCCCCAAGAGUUUACCCAGCCCCUACAAACAUUAACACCCCCCAAUCCUUGUUCAAACAAAUUUGUAAAAUUGUACAAUAAAAUGUUAUUAAACAUC